CCCUCUUCCAACUUCCAACCCAAUUAGGGUUUGAGACACUAGUGUCGUUUACUUUGUAGUUUCAAGGGAGGAGAUUGAAGAAGAAGAAGAAGAAGAAGAAGAAGAAGAAGAAGAACUAGUAUAAUUUCCAAACGUGGAAGUAAUAGCAUUAGAAGGUCAGAGGGAAGGACGAAGAACGCGCGGGAGGGAGAAGAUCGAAACUUGCCAGCCAUUCUCUCCUCGCCUUGAUUCGAAGUUAGCAGCUUUUCUAUUGCGUCUGGAGCAAUUGGCAUUGCCUUCUGGUUUUCGACGAUCCUUAGUGUUGGAAUCAGCUGUUAGAAGCGAAUUGGAAGCAAAUUCUAGUUCCCUUGUUCGCUUCAAAAAGUGAUGAUUAGCUUGGGAUGGUCAGCAUGAAAGCUGUUAAGUUGGAGCCAGAUCUGUUGAGGGAUGGAUCUGGAGCCACAAAUAACCAGGCCGUUGAACAAGUACAGCUUCAGAAGUACACGAUUCAAUCUAGAAAACAAGAUUCCGAGGAGAAUAGAAGCUCCACAACCUUAAAUACUGCCCAAUCUUGCUCUAGUGUGUUGGAGCAGGGACAGUCUCCCGUGGAUGAUACUGGAAUUUCUUCUACCUCAACCUUGUGUCCAGCACCACUUUGUCGGCAGUUUUGGAAAGCUGGGAACUAUAGUGAUGCACAGGGCUCCAAAGUCAAUCUUCAAAAUGGAAAGACGUACCUUCACGUGCACCCCAUGUUUCUUCAUUCAAAUGCCACUUCACAUAAGUGGGCAUUUGGUGCAAUUGCAGAAUUGCUUGACAAUGCCAUUGACGAGAUCCAAAACGGGGCCACUUUUGUCAUUGUAGAUAAAAUCUCGAAUCCAAGAGAUGGAGGUUCUGCAUUGUUAAUUCAAGAUGAUGGCGGGGGAAUGGACCCUGAAGCGAUCCGACGAUGCAUGAGUUUUGGGUUCUCUGAUAAGAAAUCUACUGGAGCUAUUGGCCGAUAUGGUAAUGGCUUUAAAACCAGCAGCAUGAGACUUGGAGCUGAUGUUAUUGUCUUUACUCGUCAUAUGGAAGAUAGGAAUGCGACUCAAAGCAUUGGUCUCCUAUCCUAUUCUUUUUUGAUGAAAAUGGGCCAUGAUCGAAUAAUAGUCCCAAUGGUGGAUUAUGACUUGAAUACAGAAAAUGACAAGUGGGAAAUUUCCCAUAGGCAGACCAAUGAGUCUUUCAAGGCAAACCUUACUCUACUUUUGCAGUGGUCUCCAUAUUCUACUGAAGCUGAGCUUUUGAAGCAGUUUGAUGAUAUUGGAUUACAUGGGACAAAAGUUGUGGUCUAUAACCUGUGGUACAAUGAUGAUGGGAACUUGGAAUUGGACUUUAAUACAGAUCCUCAGGACAUUCGUAUUGAAGGAGAUACCAGAAAGGUAGAAUCACUUCCUGCUUGGAGGACAGUAAAUGAGCAGCACAUCUCCAAUCGUUUUCAUUACUCUCUCAAUGCAUAUUUGUCCAUCCUGUACCUGCGAAUUCCUGAAACUUUUAGUAUUAAAUUGCGUGGACAAAUUGUUAUGCCACGUAAUCUUGCUGAGGACCUCAAAUUUCCAGAAUAUAUUUUGUACAGACCUCAUGCUGCUGGAUUAAGAGAGGGUCAUGUGAUAACUACAAUUGGUUUUGUAAAAGAUGCACCACGAGUCAGCAUCCACGGCUUCAAUAUUUAUCACAAGAAUCGUCUAAUUCAGCCUUUUAUGCCAGUUGUAAGUUAUGCUGACAGUAGGGGCAGAGGAGUAGUAGGUAUUCUAGAAGCAAAUUUUAUUGAGCCAACUCAUAACAAACAGGACUUUGAGAGAACUUCCCUUUUCCAAAAGCUUGAAGUUCGAUUGAAGGAGAUGACGUAUGAAUACUGGGAUUUUCAUUGUGGGCUGAUUGGAUACCAGGUAAAAAAGAAGGCUAGACCAGUGAGCACUCCACAUGAUCCUCCAGCUAUAGCAAAUAGUUCCCAUGCAAAUUCUUUCAUGUCAAAUCAAAGAUUCCCUACUGUUGAUACAGCUCAAGCAACUUCUUUUGGUAAACGCACAAGCAUUAAAAGGAAGGAGCACAACAAUUCACUGCAAGCUGGAAGUGUCAAAAAGCAGCCCAGAACUGGAGAAGGUUCUGUUAUUUCAGCAUCCAGUUCCAGAGGAGAGAUCUCUCUGGUUCAUGAGCCUCAGACACAAAAUGAGGAUGUAGUGUUGAUGGAGGAAAACAAGAAACUCCGAGCAGAAUUGGUUGAAUUCGAGAUACGGAAGGAAGAGCUCAAUCUAAGGGUAAUACAACUUACAAGGGAACUGGAAGAACAAGAUGUUGAAUAUGAGCGCCUCAUGGCAGAACUAACCUUAGUCGAUGAUGUGAAGCAGGAGAAUCAGAUCGUAAAUAUGUAAAUCCAUGGUGCUGUAGUAGCCGUCACGUCUUAAUUCUUUCAUUUGUAAAGUCCAUGUUGUAUCUUAAUGCUUAGAUGAGCAGAAGUAGGCGAGAGGAAGAGUUGGCGUGACUCGUGAGGGUUGGUUGGGGGAUUGUGGAGUGAAUUUCAUGGGCUGGGAAGAUGUUGCCUUCGGAAAUUGUAAUAGGUGUACUGUAGGCCCUUUCAGGAUUGGCUGAGGCUCACACACAUAUCAUCGUAAUGACACUUCUAAGUUCUAACCUUCCCAAGGCAGACAUUCCUGGCAAUUUCAUGUCCUCUAAUCUCAUGAGAGACCUAUUCUGAAGAACUGAAAUGUCUGACUGCAGACUGCUAAGUCAUGACAUUGUGGG